AUGGAGUACCCUCAGUUGUGCCGACCUGAAUCCCCAAAGCUUGCCUAUGGGGAGAUUGGCCAGUACAGCAGAAUUCGGCAACCCAAAAGGAAAAAUGACUCAUUCAAAGGGAAGGGGAUAGAAAGAUGGCAUAGAGCUGUAUCUACCAACUUAGCUAAACAAAACGUGUUGGUCCCCAAAGAGGAAUCACUGAAUGAAAGUGACUUGGAGUUUCAUGAAAAUCAAAAUAAUCAGAAAAGAAACCUGAUGAAGAAAAUGAAGAGUGCUUUUGGGAAAAUGUUGUCCUGCAAGUGUGGAAGCCAGUCAGCCCGUGCUGGCAGGAAGAGCCCUGCAGGGCAGACGGAAGCCGCCCUCUCCAGCACACAAGGCCUGCUGCCUAGACUUGUCAAGGAGCUCCCAUCUCCCAGGCUGUUUACAAAGCUGAGGAUGAGGAAGCUCUCACAGAAUGCAACUAUACAGCUUGAUGUCGUAGAAGCAGAGGCAGAGGAGGUAACCACAGGAACCCGGCUCUUCCGAGCAAGAAGAACCACCAAGCGGUUAUCUGUGACAUCCCUUCCUUCAGGGCUGCAGGUACCAUAUUCAUCAAAAAAGACACCACACUUUCCAGCACUUAAAAAGAAGAAACAGAGCAUGGAAGACAUCCUCCAGAAACCAGACCUGACAGUGGGAAAACUUCAAAUGCAGGUGGAUGACCUCAUAGAAAGAGUGGCUGACAAAUCCAUGAAGCUUUUGGCCCAAAGACAUGCUGAGCUUCAGCACUGUGAGUUUCUAGGGGCUGAGAUCCUUCAGUCUUCGAAGCAGUUCCAAAGGCUUUCCAAGAGAACCAGUAGGAAGUUCAAGCUCAGGAGUGCAUGCUUCCCAUGCACCUGCUGCCCCUUCUGA